AUGACGGCCGACGGUCAAUCCCGCCCCAAGCCCUCCUGGUUCCAGGAACACGUGGAGAGCAUCAACCCGGAUGCUCGCCGCGUCCUGGAGAGUUACAGCGGACUGAGCCCCGACGAAGUCAUUCCGCACGUCUUAGCCGUGCGCAAUGAAGCCUUCGAAGUAUACCAAUACGCCUGCAUCGGGCAAAUGCGCUUCCUCUCCUUCAACCUGCAGCAUCUCCCCUUCUACCCCCAGAUCCUAGAGCACCUGCGUACCAACCCGACCGCCGGCUUCCUCGACGCGGGGUGCUGCUUCGCCCAGGAGCUGCGCUUCCUCGCCGACCAGGGCAUCCCGACCACGCAGCUGUACGGGUGCGACUUGGAGCAGAUCUUCAUCGAGCUGGGGUACCAGCUCUUCCGAGACCACGAUCGCUUCGCGGCGACCUUCGCCGUUGGCGAUCUCGCGGCCCCCGGCACCGAGGCGUUCGAGGCCGGAGACAUCGCCCGCACCCUGCAGGGCCGGAUCUCGGUCGUAUUUGCGAGCUCGCUCUUCCACAUGUGGAAUUACGAGGUGCAGCUGCGGGUGGCGAUCAGGUUGGUGCGGUUGUGUCGCGAGGCAACGGGCACGGGAACGGGAACGGGCACGGGAACGAUCAUCGCCGGCCGGCAGAUGGGCAGCACGCUGGCGGGCGAGCAUGCGAUGACGGGGAUGACCAAGGACCCAACGGCGACGCACUACCGACACAACGUCGAGUCGAUCAAGGGGUUUUGGUCCGAUGUCGGGCGGGCCACGGGCACGGGCUGGACGGUCGAGGCGGGGCUGUACAUGGCGGAGGAGAUCGAGCAGAAUCGAAAUGCCCCCUUCGCGGAUGCCAAUCUGCGGAUGUUGUGGUGGUGUGCUACGCGGGCUCACUAG